AGAAAAGUUGCUUCCAAUGACGAAACCUCCAGACGCACAGCUGCUCGAGGCUAGGUGCAUCACUUGCGUUGGACCAUUAUUUGUGGUUGACAGUGUGCAAGUUGGACUGGGAAUUGAUUGAGGUGUUGGUUGGACCAGUUUUAAAGUUAUAGUUCUGCAGCCGGCCCCCUACUGCGUCCAAUGUUAGCCUAAAAGUUGCUCUGGGCGCAAUCAGGUGCUGGUCCUGGCGUUGGGCUUGACGUUGUUCGGAGAUUAUCUUGUUCUGGAUGCAGAUUGAGCACGUGUCUUCUGCGUUGGUCCAGAAGAUGGGCCAAUCAUGGGUCCAUGAGCGGUGCUUGGCAUUGACCUUAGAGUUGAUCAAGGAGAUGGCUGGACGUGGUGUCGAGCGCACAGUUUCUUACUUUCUUAAGUGAUGUUGGCCCAUUGUUUGGUCCUCGAGCUGAUCCAUCUGUAAAGUUUUUGUUCUGCAGGGACAUUGAGAACGGAGCAAUACCUAAUACCUUAUUAGAUAAAGAAACGCCGAAAGCAUGCCUUAUCACUGCAGCUCGGCAUCGCACAGACUGCUAAACUUAGUACAACUUGCGUGAACGUGGCUGCGCAUCGCCUCGGUGAUGGAAGGGUGUAACCGCCUACGUACGGCUACAUCACAUGGAGCAUAUGAUCUACCAGCUAGCUAGCCACCGGUAUUGCCGGUAGAUGCCUAACGUAGCAGUUAUGCUAUGGCAUACUGGUACAUUGUUAGAAGGAGGAGUACCGGCAAUUACAGUAUCAUACAUGUACCGGUAUUGCUGGGUGAUGCCGUUGGUUCUUUACGCCGCGGGAAAGCGAUCCUAUGAUUUUGUGAUCGACGCCAUCUCACCAUCCUCUAUUAUUCUGCAAUUAGACCCCAAAAAAGUCAAUCUUAAAUCUUGCACAUUGGACGUUUGUCGUUGGUCCAUACUCAACUACGGUUAGUUACUGUCGGGGUAGCGGCGGGUAGGUGUGUCUUUGUAGACAGCCUUUUCGUCCUCUCUUCAUUUCAUCAUUUGAUGCAGAUCACCCUCGACAACGACCAGCGACCAUGUUGAAAGCACUCAACAGAGCCUUGCAAUAUGGCGACAAGGGGAAAUUCAAGCGGCCGACCAAGGUGCGAAUGGGCUGGAUGUUUCCUCUGCUGGCCAUUGUCUCCUUGUUUAUGAAUGGCUCCAUGCACUUUCGACGCACACGAGGUGUCAGUGAAAUUGAACGAGGUCCCCCCGCCACCAAGACUCCCACUGAUCGAAUAAUAAUAGAUGACAAGUCCAAGGAAACCGUGCGCAAAUCCAAGCUGUCGGAGACGAUUCGUCGACAAAUUGAAGAUUCCACUUAUUCCAUUGCCAAGGGUGCCACAAACAGCAAGCCCAAGGUCCGUCGAAAGAAGAAGCCGAAGACUCCUCCUCAAGCGAAUGUCGAAGCCCUCCGAGUCGCUGUGGAUGUGUUAAAGAAGCAGAAGGAAGCCUCUCCACAAACUAGUUCCCAACAAGAAGAGUCCGAACCAGUUGCUGACAACAAGCAACAACCAAUUGCUGACCAGCAACAACCACAAGAGGACAAACAAGUAGUCAAAGAAGAAGUCAAAGAAGUCAGUAGUGCUUUGGAAACAGCUGAGGUUGUCAAGAAGACUACAGAUAUGGGUUUCAAGCGAACCAAGGCGAAGCGACGAAAGGCAAAACUGAGAAAGGUUACUCCUGCAGCACUGAGUCCCAAUGUCACCUUUUCGGCCUGUCUACUGGUGCGAGACGACAAUGACAUUAUCAAUGAAUGGAUUGCCUAUCACUACCACACGCUCCGCAUGCGACGGUUGAUUGUAGCCACGGAUCCCAACAGUGACACGUCACCCUCCGACGUAUUGGAUAGUUGGAAGGGGCUCAUGGAGAUUGACGUCUGGUCCGACAAGGAUUACAUGCCCAAGGAAUUUCUAGAAACAGGAAAGCCUCCCAAGAAAGAAGUCAAGGAAAUUACCAAAUUUGGAGAGAUCAGCGAAGACGACCACUUGGCCAUCAACAGCCACCGGUACAGACAACGAGUAUUCCUCACGGAAUGUCUCAAGAAAGUCAAGGCUGAGAAGCGUAGUUGGGCCAUGCACAUCGACACGGAUGAGUACAUUGUUCCCAACCAAUUCUUGCGAGAGCAAGACUCCAGAGGCCUCGCCAUCAAGCCAGCGGAGGAGCCUGGUUCUGUUCUGAACAUGAUUCAGCAAAUAGUAAACAAGAACGCAACGAAUGUAGCCUAUCCUUGUAUCACAAUGCUCCGUGUUCUCUUUGGAUCCAUAGAGACCAAGGAAACCGACUGGAAUGUGCCCAUGCCAGAGGAAUACGAACGAAAGAGUUUUGAAACCUUUAGAUGGCGAAAUCAUGGUAAUCCCUUGAACAAAAAGUUGCAUGGACACCCGAAGGUCUUGGUUGACAUGUCCAGAGUACCAAGAAAGUAUCUGACAAAGGACAUUGUCUACAGCAUCCAUCGGCCGUUCCAAACUAUCUGUCGUGGCCAAGGGGAAUCAGACUAUGGAGACUUUAACAAGUACCCCAUCACAGCGAACCAUUACCUGGGUUCAUGGGAUCGAUACAAUGCCAGAAACGAUGCACGACGCAGUCGAGAGCUUUACGAUGAGAAGGCCAGAGUCAAUAGUGGUCAAGACCAAUGGGUGGAGGGAUGGUUGGAUGGAUUCAUAAAGAAUGUUGGAAAGAAGCGAGCAGCUCGCCUUCUGGGAAGUCGCUAUCUCAAGGAUAGUGACAAAAAGGCCAAAGCGUAGUCUCUCCUUCUCCUACUAAUAUCUCCACUUGCCAUGUUAAUGAUGAUAGGCGUCGUGCUGGAGGAUAAAUGGCAUGUAGGAUGAAUCUCAUUACCUACAGGACCCUGGUAGAGAUUCACCGUAACAGUUGAGUUCAGGAUGGUACAAGUAACUAACCGUACAACUAAUUGUAAAAAGGGUGAGGUCAUUUUGUUUG